GUUGGCCAAAGAUGCCAAAAGCCGCCAAAUUGCCGCCUCCGGAGAAGAUUGAGCUGCUCCUUGAGGGUGAGAUCAUCAGCGAAGAUGGCCAAAAGUUUGGGAAGAGUACAUACAAGGUGUAUGAGGGCUUGGCCGGAUUGGAGGCAGACCAAAAAAAAGUAAAGCCCUACCUGCUGGUCUGGCUUCAUGGCAUGGACAAUGGGAGCAUUGAGCCUGGAUAUCUCACGACUCUCCAGAAGAGAUUGAGGCAUCGGGUCAUUUUCCUGGUUCCCAUGAGCCCGCUAACACAUGAAGGUGUGCAUUACAACUGGGCUUGUGCUUUUCGAAAGCAGCAAAACAAAAAGCAACUAGGUUUCGUUCAUGGAACCCUGCAUCAGGGCUACCUGAACUCGCUGACCGCAAAGAUCAGCGACUUAGCCUACGAGUUUGAUGCUGAGCGCGUUCUGGUGAUGGGAUAUUCCAUGGGUGGCUUUGGUGCCUUCCAGCUGGGCGGCUGGGCGCCCGAUGCCUUCGAUGUGGUGAUCUCGGUGGCGGGCUACGGCUUGGGCACCUUGGAACCCGAGAAUGAGAUGUACAAUGCGCCGCAGCCGCAGAGCAGUGAAAUCUUUGAGGCCUUCCUUCACAACGUCGUGUCUGAGCUCUCCAGAGUUCCUGUGGUCCUUGGAGUACAUGCCCGAAAGGACUCGAUGUCCAGCUUUCGAGAUGUCAGGGCGAUCAUCAAACAGUGCCAGGAAGCGUUGGCGGAGCGGAAUGAGGAGAAAAACAUAGCGGAACUCCUUGUUGUUUCAGACGAAAAGGCGGAUUCCGAUCGCGGGAGGAAGAAGAAAAUCAGUGGUCAUCACUACUUCAACUUCUCGCUGUUGGACGAAACCAGCGAGGAGUUCCUUUGGUCCAAACUGCGGGACUACUUAUCUACAGCUCCUCUUCGCCUAGAGCUUCAACCUCUUCAGAUGGAUCACCCAAAGCAGCUCUUUCGAAGCAAAGGUCGUUUGACAUGCCCGGAGUGCCACGGACCGCGCUACUUGGAGGAUUCCCUUGAACAGUUGGAUGCUGCUGAAACAGCGGGGAAGGUCAAGCGAGGCCGCGUGAGCUAUUGAAAGCCGGAAAACAAAA